AUGGCAGCAACGAUCCAAAACGCCCCUCUUCCAGCCCAUGAACUCGUCUACGAACCAAAACACCUCCCCAAACUCCGCUCCAACUAUGGCGCGCAUCUGGAUCAAGACACCGUGGGUUGGAUGCGCAUAACCACACCCGACACCCCUCUCGAAGAAAUGCGUUCCCGCUUCGCAGAGGACGGCUACCUCUACGUCAAGAACCUCCUCCCGCGCGCCGACGUCCUCGACGUCCGCGAAGCAUACUUCCACCACAUGUCGCCCACGGGCAUCCUGGCCCCAAACACCUCCCCGCGCGACGGCAUCUUCAACCCCUCCGCCGACCCCGUCGCGCACCACGGCAACGGCGGCCGCGACCUCCCCUCCGACGACGCCAAAGUCCACCGCCUCAUCCAAGCCCACACCCUCCCCACCUACCUCGCCUUCCUCUCACACCCGACCCUGCGCUCGUUCGUCCAGAACUUCAUGGCCUGGGACGGCGACGUCCUCGUCAAGCGCACCCUCCUCCGCCACAACGUCCCCGGCGGCUUCAGCACGGGCAUCCACUACGACAAGAUCUUCCUGCGCGCCGGCGCCGCCGACUUCCUCACCGCGUGGGUCCCCUUUGGCGACUGCUCCCCGCACGGCGGCGGGCUCAUGUAUCUGGAAAACAGCACGCAUAUCGGCAUGGACAUGGAGCGGGAAUUUGGGCACAGGGCCGACGCCGCGGGUUUCACGGCCCAGGAGCGCAUUCACGGGUUUAAUGUCAAUAUGGCCAAGGAUGGACAGUUGAGUCAUGACGUGGUGGAAUUUUCUCGCGAGAUGGAACUGAGGGGAGGGGAUGGGGAUGGACAGACGGAUACGAAGCAGAAAAAGAGGAGGAAAUGGCUAGUAGGCAACUACGAAGCCGGGGACGUGGUUUUUCAUAACCCCUACAUGAUCCACGGCGCCAUCAAGAAUGACGACCCGCUGGGUCGGAUCCGCCUGAGUACGGAUUUGAGAUUCUACGAGCAAGGGAGUGAUUUGGAUCAGAGGUGGAUGAAGGAUGUCUGGAGACCCGGAGACGGGUUAUAG